CCUUAAAAAAUGGAUACCGAGUACAAAUUCCUGAGAGAAAUCGACUGCAAGCAGGAAGCUGUCAGAUCCGUACGAUUCAGCGUUGACGGUUCUUAUUGCGUAACGUGCGGAUCGGAUAGAAAGUUGAAGUUAUGGAAUCCGUACAAGCCCGUAACAUUAAAAACGUAUGGUGGUCAUGGCGACGAGGUUAUGGAUGCCUGUGCGUCCUGUGAUAGCAGCCAAAUUGUGUCCUGUGGUCUGGAUAAAUCUGUAAUCGUCUGGGAUGUGUCAACUGGUGUUCCUGUACGCCGUUUCAGAGGUCAUGCAGGUCCAGUUACGACAGUGAGAUUCAACGAGGAAUCAUCGAUGGUUGUCUCUGGUUCUCGUGAUAACAGUGUUAUGUGUUGGGAUGUACGUUCCAAAGCGCAAGAAGCAGUACAAUCAUUGAACGAUGCUAAGGAUUCUAUAUCGAGUGUAAGAGUUUCUGAUCAUGAAAUCUUAUCUGGUUCUUUUGAUGGUAAAGUACGUACCUAUGAUAUACGUGUAGGACAACUGUGUGCAGAUUAUAUGGGAGAUGCAAUUACAUGCGCCAGUUUCACCAGAGAUGGCCAGUGUUUAGUUGUUAGCUGCGCAGAUGAUGUAAUUAGAUUGAUCGAUAAAGAUUCAGGAGAACAACUCGGUGAAUUUAGAGGUCAUAUUGGAAAAGAUCUUUGUCUAGAAUCGAGUGUAGAUUGCCAAGAUACAAAAAUUCUUUCGGGCUCAGCGGAUGGAAAGUUAUGGGUUUGGGAUCUUGUAUCUCAGAAAGUGGUCGCAAAACUCUCAGGAUUUAAACCAACUAAGUAUGCUACUGUAUCUAUAAGUGUUCAUCCACAAAAGAAUUGCUUUUUAGCCUCUAAUGGAUUUAAUAUAUUAAUGUGGAGUACUUCGUCUCAUACAGAUGAUGAAUAAUAUUAAAAUUAGUGUGAAGAUAAUGAAGUCAACAUUAUAACAAAUUAUAAAUUUUGAAAACUUACAUCAUAUAUAAGUUGCAUUUUAUACAUCAUAUGUGUGUAUACUUUUGUAUUAGUAUUCAAAUUUUAUUGUUAUUCAUCACCUGCAUGAGAUCUUUAUAAUGGUACAAUUAUUUCUAAAGAUUUUUAUAAACUUUAUUGCAAAGUAAAAUACAAAUAUUGCAAUAAGUGAUUUAACUUUAAAAAGACUGUCCAUACUAUUAAUAGAAUUGUCUUUUAAUAUUAUUUAAUCAUUCAUAUUUGCUUGAUUUCAUGUUUUCAAUAAUUCUUAUAACAAUUAAUCCCAGAUUUCUUUUUUAUAAAUGAUUUAGUCUGUAUUUUUUUAUUCAUCAAUUCGAUUAUUAGAUAUAAAAAAGUUUGAAACAGAGAAUAUAACAUUGUCACAAUAGUAUAUUAUAUAGUGUAAUAUAUGAUACUCUAUUGUAAAAGGUCAAUUCUUACAAUACAUUUUUAUAAAAAACAAUAAUGUACACGUUUAGAGAUCUAAACAUUGACAUUUGUAAGAGGUAAACAAAUGGAAAUUUCAUUUGAUUAAUUUGAGAAAAAAAUUUAAUAUUUAAAUGCAAAUAUAUAUAUAUAUAUAUACAUAUGUAAACGCGCGCAUGCGCAUUUAUGCGAGCAAGAUUUGACGCUGACGUUUCUGAUUUAUAAU